AUGUCGUCCAGUGUCCCCUCGUACGAGUGGCUCGUUCACAUCCCCGAUUUCCCCGGAGCCCUCGAGAAACGUCUCGCGGCUCGACCCAAACAUCUGUCCGGGCUCAAGCCUGCGAUUGACGGUGGCAUUGUCGUCUUUGGGGGAGCAACUCUUUCAAAGCAGCCUGCCGAAGGAGAAACUCCUGAUAUGACCGGAAGCUUUAUUCUGAUCAAGGCCGAGAGUGAAGAGAAGGUGCGAGAGGCUUUGGAGAAUGAUCCUUAUGCUGAGGGUGGUGCUUGGGACGUCAAGAAUGCAAAGAUCUAUCCGUUCAGGUGUGCAGUUCGGACUGCCAUGUAA